AUGACUCCCGAAGACGACUGGCAAGAACUCUCCAGGCCCUCCAAAAAGAGGAGACACACUCGGCGGUGCAGGCCAAAACCCGCACCAGGAAAUCAAAAGAGGGGGAAACGAGGCCAAUGGGGGCCGGGAGGCACCUCAGUGGUGUGCAGCCCGGUAGUCCCAGGGCCCCGGGGCACAGAAGCGCCGCCGCAGCUCCUGUGGCCAGGAAGAGAGUCUCAGGCGGCCCCGUCACCUCGACCGGUGGCCUGCCUGGCGGCCUCCGUGUUCUCGGGACCGCCCUCCCUGCGCCUGGACUCCUUCGAGGAGAUGAGACGGGCUGGCUCCUCACCGCGCCUGGCCGCGCAUCGUGGCUCCAGUCACCAUUCGCGGCCGCCUGGGCGCGCAGCCCCGCAUCGCUGGCCCACGCUCCGGCUGCCUGCGUCCAACCCUACACCUCUUUCCUUCCUUCCUUUUUUUUUCCUUUUGCAGCGGGAGGAGUCGGGAGGAGGGGGAGUAGCUUGGAGAGCUUUUAAAAACGUCCUGGUGCAGCGGCUAGAGUUCUGCGCCGCGGGAACAGCUCGGCACCGGCCGCAGCUGUCGCCGCCCAGGCCGCGGUUCGUUGCUGGCUCUCCCUGGACAAGCGUCCCUCUGUCCCUGGUCUCCUGGCCCAGUCCGCCGCCCCAGCGCGUCUCUCCCCAGCUCCGGCGGCUCGGUCACUGCUCCCGGCUGUUGGCUGAGCUCUGGAAGCCCCCUCGCCUUAAUGCAGCGCCCGCCGACGUCACGGCGGCCUGCGACCAAUCAGCGGCUCGCGGUCCCUCUGUAAACCAUUCUGCAUCCCCCCGGCCGGGAGAGUGCGGGGAGACCGCGUUUAGAGGAUCAGUGGCGGCCGCAAUCGCGGCCCCGCGUGGUGCGGGCGGCGGGCAGCGAGGUGCCCCGGCUCCCUCCUGCUCCGGAGACAGCACAUGGCACCAAGUUCUGGAGAGCCAACUUCCUGACGUGAGCGAUAUGAAGAUGAUACAAUACUUACUGGUGGGGGCACUCCCGCUGUCCCCCAAGCAGGUGGUUGGAUUCGUUUUCUUUAGGAAAGUUGUCCCAAGGUGGCUACAGUUACUCCAUCAUCCAGCUCUCAAUCUGGGGCACGGCUUUGAAGGAAGGUUGCUAAGCCUGCUAAAUCCGUACACACCAACGCUGCUUCCCCAUUCAUCCGGAAACCUGGCAGGUCCUGCUUAAAAGCCUGUACGUCAAUUCCACCUCCUGCCUGGCUGCCCACACCCCAGCAUGUUACACUCGAGCCUUUCAGAUCUGCUUUGGGUCUCUGAAGACAAGAUGAGCUUUCAAGGCUCAGAAACUUUGCACAUGCCUUUCUCUUUGCUUGGAAUGCCUUUCCCUCUCUCCUAACUCCCUUAUUAUCAGCUUGGGAAUUUUCUAUUUCCCUUCCCCAAAUCUGUCUUCACUUCUCCAAGAGCCUUCCCAGGCACCCUCACCCCCAAUUUUAUUCCAGGAAUUACUUCGAUUUUGUACAGUGAGCAGGUUUCCACAUUGUAUUUACACUCUAUGGCAAUUUAUCGGUGACUUAUCUGCCCCCACUACUGGACUGUGAAUUACUCAUUUCUUCCUGCCAACCUGAAGCUGCUCAA